CAUCACUGCAAAGUUCUGUCCAGCAUAUUACAACAUAAUAAUAACUAGACGUCCUUCAAUGUUUCUCUGAUGAGGUUUACUGGUAUUUAUUUCUAAUUAAAAGAUAUCAUCUUUUAUUUCAUAUACAAACAUUGAAAAUGAAGCUGAGUUUGAGUUUGUUUCUGCAAUCGUUUUUUGUGUGCUUAACAAUCGAAACCUUAGUUUCAGGUGAUAGCACUGACAGCAGUUGCGAUAUUUACGGAAUUUUAAUCUACGAGGACUUUGGAUGCAAAGCUGAGUACGACAAUGCGUCGAAAUGUCCGUCACGUUUUUCUUGUAAAGGGCUAGAACCAUCUAAGAGUCAGUGUUAUUUUCGUGGAAAAUCUUAUCAAGAUCGUGAACACGUCAAUAGUAGUUUAACAAAUCCUUCAUGUGAUGAGGGAUGUUUUUGCAACACGAACGAAAACAGGUCUUCUUUCACCUGUGCAAUUUUAGAUUGUCCUGAAUGGCUGGGAGUACCUGUAAAAUUUGGAUGUUAUAGAAAUUACUCACUGGAUCAUUGCUGUUCAGUGGGAGAAAUUUGUCCUCCAUUUGAUGAAGAUACAAAAUGCGUAGUUAACGGCAAAGAAUUUAAAGAGGGUGAUAAGUUUUACCCUGAUAACACAUGUUUCGAUUGCGUGUGUCGGAAAGGCUUUAAUGGUAAGUUUGAAGAACCGUUUUGUCGCAGAAGAUGGUGUGGUCAACAGCUUCGACAGACUGGAACCCACAUUCAAGACUCUUGUGCCCCAUACUACCGUGUAGAAACCGAGGGCGAUCAUGUUGUCUGUUGUCCGGAUGACUGGAUUUGUCCUGAAGGUUCUGAAGUUAUUACAGGUGACGUCAAGUCAGAACGCUCCUGCAAGUUCGGGGUUCAAGUAGUUAAAGUUGGACAGACCUUUGAAAAAAAGAAUUUUACGGAUAAAUAUGGAAGACAUACUGACAAAGUAAAAUGUGAAUGCGUUAUUCCACCUUUAGUAAAGUGCACAGGCACCUAAAAGUUUGACCACUUUAAGUAUAUUAAGUGAGAAAAAAUAUAGUUCUUAAAGUUAUGUAUGCCAAAUUUUAAGAACAACAAUAACAAUACUGGGAUUACAUUAAAUCUUAUUAUUUUUACUAAUAAUCUUUACAACAUUAUCAUUAUGAGAUAUUUUUUGUAUUAAUAAACUACAUGUAUGUG